AUGGAUGCCACAGAACGACGUCUACUUGACGAGUGGGCUCUUGGUGUACUUAUGAAGGCGAGUGAAGCUGGGAUCCCUGACCGGAAACAGGAGGUUGUGCGAGAGUGUGGCCCUGUGCUGCACGGAUCCCUGAACCGGAAUCAGGAGGUUAUGCGAGAGUGUGGCCCUGUGUUGCAGGGAUCCCUGAGCCGGAAUCUGGGGAAAGCUAUGCAAGAGUAUGGCCCUGAGCUGUUGGGGAACCAUGGGGAUAACAACCUGGACGGAUACAGAACGCAAUGCAAGAGUAUGGCCCUGAGCUGUUGGAGGAGGGGGCAUGGGGAUAACAAGUUGUCAGGAUACAAAGUGGUAUGCGAGAGUAUGACCCUGAGCUGUUGGAGGAGGGGGCAUGGGGAUAACAAGUUAUCAGGAUACAAAGUGGUAUGCGAGAGUAUGGCCCUGAGCUGUUGGAGGAGGGGGCAUGAGGAUAACAAGUUAUCAGGAUACAAAGUGGUAUGCGAGAGUAUGGCCCUGAGCUGUUGGAAGAGGGGGCAUGGGGAUAACAAGUUAUCAGGAUACAAAGUGGUAUGCGAGAGUAUGGCCCUGAGCUGUUGGAGGAGGGGGCAUGAGGAUAACAAGUUAUCAGGAUACAAAUUGGUAUGCGAGAGUAUGGCCCUGAGCUGUUGGAGGAGGGGGCAUGAGGAUAACAAGUUAUCAGGAUACAAAUUGGUAUGCGAGAGUAUGGCCCUGAGCUGUUGGAGGAGGGAGCAUGAGGAUAACAAGUUAUCAGGAUACAAAGUGGUAUGCGAGAGUAUGGCCCUGAGCUGUUGGAGGAGGGGGCAUGAGGAUAACAAGUUAUCAGGAUACAAAGUGGUAUGCGAGAGUAUGGCCCUGAGCUGUUGGAGGAGGGGGCAUGAGGAUAACAAGUUGUCAGGAUACAAAGUGGUAUGCGAGAGUAUGGCCCUGAGCUGUUGGAGGAGGGGGCAUGGGGAUAACAAGUUAUCAGGAUACAAAGUGGUAUGCGAGAGUAUGGCCCUGAGCUGUUGGAGGAGGGGGCAUGAGGAUAACAAGUUGUCAGGAUACAAAGUGGUAUGCGAGAGUAUGGCCCUGAGCUGUUGGAGGAGGGGGCAUGGGGAUAACAAGUUAUCAGGAUACAAAGUGGUAUGCGAGAGUAUGGCCCUGAGCUGUUGGAGGAUGGGGCAUGAGGAUAACAAGUUGUCAGGAUACAAAGUGGUAUGCGAGAGUAUGGUCCUGAGCUGUUGGAGGAGGGGGCAUGAGGAUAACAAGUUGUCAGGAUACAAAGUGGUAUGCGAGAGUAUGGCCCUGAGCUGUUGGAGGAGGGGGCAUGAGGAUAACAAGUUAUCAGGAUACAAAGUGGUAUGCGAGAGUAUGGCCCUGAGCUGUUGGAAGAGGGGGCAUGGGGAUAACAAGUUAUCAGGAUACAAAGUGGUAUGCGAGAGUAUGGUCCUGAGCUGUUGGAGGAGGGGGCAUGAGGAUAACAAGUUAUCAGGAUACAAAUUGGUAUGCGAGAGUAUGGCCCUGAGCUGUUGGAGGAGGGGGCAUGAGGAUAACAAGUUAUCAGGAUACAAAUUGGUAUGCGAGAGUAUGGCCCUGAGCUGUUGGAGGAGGGAGCAUGAGGAUAACAAGUUAUCAGGAUACAAAGUGGUAUGCGAGAGUAUGGCCCUGAGCUGUUGGAGGAGGGGGCAUGAGGAUAACAAGUUAUCAGGAUACAAAGUGGUAUGCGAGAGUAUGGCCCUGAGCUGUUGGAGGAGGGGGCAUGAGGAUAACAAGUUGUCAGGAUACAAAGUGGUAUGCGAGAGUAUGGCCCUGAGCUGUUGGAGGAGGGGGCAUGGGGAUAACAAGUUAUCAGGAUACAAAGUGGUAUGCGAGAGUAUGGCCCUGAGCUGUUGGAGGAGGGGGCAUGAGGAUAACAAGUUGUCAGGAUACAAAGUGGUAUGCGAGAGUAUGGCCCUGAGCUGUUGGAGGAGGGGGCAUGGGGAUAACAAGUUAUCAGGAUACAAAGUGGUAUGCGAGAGUAUGGCCCUGAGCUGUUGGAGGAGGGGGCAUGAGGAUAACAAGUUGUCAGGAUACAAAGUGGUAUGCGAGAGUAUGGUCCUGAGCUGUUGGAGGAGGGGGCAUGAGGAUAACAAGUUGUCAGGAUACAAAGUGGUAUGCGAGAGUAUGGUCCUGAGCUGUUGGAGGAGGGGGCAUGAGGAUAACAAGUUAUCAGUAUACAAAGAGUGCGAGAGUAUGGCCCUAUACUGGGGGGUAACGCUGAACCUGAUACAUAUGGCUUUGCUAGAGUAUGGCCUGUGCUGUUGA